AUGGCACCUUACAAGGCUUUGUACAGUCACAAAUGCCGAACACCUUUGUAUUGGACCAAUCUCAGUGAGAAGAAGAUACAUGGGGUCGAGUUGAUCAAAGAGACUGAACAAAAAGUAAAAGUGAUUCGAGAUUGUCUGAAAGUAGUAUCGGAUCGUCAGAAAUCGUAUGCAGACUUGAAACGGAAAGAUGUUGAGUAUCAGAUUGGGGAUAAAGUGUUUUUGAAAGUAUCACCGUGGAAGAAAAUACUCCGAUUUGGUCGUAAAAGCAAAUUUCGUCCGAGGUUCAUCGGACCAUCUGAUCCCUCGCAUGUAAUUACCCCGUCAGAAAUAGAAAUUCAGUCCGAUAUGACUUAUGAAGAAAAACCGAUUUGUAUCUUAGCUCACAAGAUUAAAGAACUGCGCAAUAAGAAAAUCACAUCAGCCAAAGUAAUGUGGCAUCGAAACGGUUUUGAAGAGGCUACGUGGGAACCCGAAGAUGCUAUGAGGCAGCAAUAUUAG